GUAAAACUUUUGCGUCUUGGAUAUUGGGUCUUUUUUGGUGGGAAAACGAUCUGACAUAGAAAGAGAAAUGUCGGUUUCUGAUGCAACCUGUGUAGUAUGUUACGGGAAAAGGCAAUCAAUAAAGGAAAUUUAAGCAAAUAUGCACUACAACUACAUGGAUGCGGCUUAAAUAGGUUAAAUUCCUGGCUAGCAGACGACGCCACCAUCAAAACUUUUUUCCCGAGCACAUUUUGACGCUGAAGGCCUGUGCAAAUGUCACCAUUUGAAAUGCAUUGUGCAAUGUUUUGACGUAGGUGUGGCGUGAAGCCCAGUGUGAAUCGCCCGUAACGUGGAAAUCUUCAAAAUAAUAGCUGUGAACGUCAUAACAGCGUCACCACCGUCGUCGAUUUCCAUGGAGACAGACAUACUGUAGCUGUAAAUGGAACCUGAUUGGUGAAGGUGAAGGUGAUGAGGGGAAGCUGUAUACAGAAUUCACCAAUGAGCGAGGAACACAUGAGAAAUACGUAAACAUAACUGUAUUUACGUCGAUGUGACAGUUUACGCGUUGGUGUGGACGAGGGGUGGGGAAUUCGCUUUUUGCGUGCGUUUGCAGUACUUUUCACUGAUAAUGGUUGAUAAAGUGGUUGCUUCGAGUUAUUGUGUAUGAGUAAGAGUUCAAGUGACGUUUUCGUGUGCAGCACGAAUAGAAACUUCAGUCUCAAAACUCAGACUGCUAUUACCUAGUAUUGCAACAGCUGAUGUAAAGUGAAGCUGUUCUUCCAUGUCUUAAUUCCAGGAACAGCGUUACAGGUUGACACCAGUGUCUGUUUCGUGGUAUCAAGCACAAGUCAUUCCAGACAAUAUUGGGUUACGCUUACGCGCGUUUAAGCAGUAACGUUUUGUGAACGAAAGAGGGCAUUUAUUUGUUUCGUUGAUGUGAAGUAAUAAGGUUCUCAUUCAGUUUUAUACAAACAAAUUAAUUAUUGCUGCGCCUAGUUACGAUGAACAGGUGUAUCCUCGUUUUUGCUAUUUUCGUUCAUGCUACAGGUAUACACGGAGAUGACAGUGUUUUACACAACCAGUGCUUUUGUCAGCUGAAGGGUCGAAUUGAUGACUGCAACUGCACAGUGGAUACAGUUGAUCACUUUAAUAAUGUUAAAAUAUACCCAGUAUUGCAUAGUUUGCUGAUUAAAGAUUAUUUCCGGUUUUAUAAGGUGAAUCUUAAGAAAACAUGUCCUUUCUGGGCAGAUGACAGUAAAUGUGCCAUGCGCUAUUGCCAUGUACAACCGUGUCUGGAUGAACAUAUUCCACCCGGACUGAAAGGCCAUUUAGCAAACCAGAAGCAGAACACAGCACAUGCUGCCUACAAAUACUUAGAGAACACACAGAGUGAUUGUGACGAUGAGUUGAGCUAUAUAAACACAACCAUUAGUGCUUCUACAUAUGAAGAUUUCAAACGAUGGCAAGAAUAUGACAAUAAACAAGACAAUUUCUGUAUGUAUGAUGAUGAGGAUGAUGAAGAAUAUGUAGAUCUUCUUCUUAAUCCUGAACGUUAUACAGGAUACAAAGGACAGUCUGCCCACCGUAUAUGGAAUAGUAUAUACAAGGAGAACUGCUUUCGCCCAAAGGACAUCUAUACUCCAUACAUACAGUCCUCACAUCUUAAUGGCAUGUGUCUAGAACAGAGGGCAUUCUACAGAGCUAUAUCAGGUUUGCACACAAGCAUUAAUAUUCACCUGUGUGCAAAGUAUUUGCUUUCCGACAGAGUUUCACUUGGAAUUGAUGAACCGGGAGGUAAAUGGGGACCAAACUUGAGCGAAUUCAAAUUUCGCUUCAGUCCAGAAACUACAAAUGGUGAAGGUCCAAAUUGGCUAAAGAACUUGUACUUUCUGUAUCUGUUGGAACUAAAAGCAAUAUAUAAAGCUGCACCGUAUCUCCGUGAUGAGCUUUAUUAUACAGGUAAUGAGGAAGAGGAUCUUGAGGUACAGGAGGCCAUGAAGGAUUUUCUGAAGCUUGUCCAACAGUUCCCAGAACACUUUGACGAGUAUGUGAUGUUUUCUGCUGGUAAACAAGCUGAAAGGCUGAAAGCUGAAUUUCGUGAACAUUUCCGCAACAUUUCGAGAAUAAUGGACUGUGUUGGAUGUGACAAAUGUAAGCUCUGGGGCAAACUGCAGAUUAAAGGACUUGGAACAGCAUUGAAAAUACUUUUCUCUGGUAAAUUUGACAAGAGAAAUACCCCUUAUGGUGCUAAAUAUUACGAUAAUGGCAGAUUUCAGUUGGAAAGAGGAGAGAUUGUUUCUCUUAUCAAUGCCUUUGGAAGAUUAUCGACAAGCAUAUAUGAGCUGGGACACUUCCGCAGUAUGAUGAGCCGUCAUGUUGGGAAGGAUUUUGCAUAAAAAAGGUCUGCAACUGAAGGAUUUCUGAGGAGGGCAAAACAUCACAGUGUUGUGCAGGCAGUGUUAUUUAUUUUUAGUGUUAAAUGUAAUUUAAGUAAAUGGUGUAUUUUUCCUUUUCUAGCUUGUUCCUAAAACAUGGUCUCACAAGUGAUGGAGCCCUCGGGUGUCAUCAGUGACUCUGUGAAAUCCUACUUGUCAAUCAGUUCUGCCAUCAGUCAUGCAUGUCCGAAUUUUGACAGCUUCCAUUCAAGACUGCUCUGCUGACCUUAUCAGUGAUUGGAAAUUAAACCUUAAUCUUCCUUCAUUACUUCCAUACAGAUAUACCUCUCCUACAUAUCAUUCACAACAUUUUUCUGUAGUGAUAAACUGGUUUCUGGACUAUAUGUCAUGAUGCCAGUAUUCAUCCAAUAUUUUUGUCACUCUUUCUUUUGAUCUGUACUUUGGCUGACUACUGUUUAAUAUGUGCGCUAAUCACGGAAAUUGUGUUUGUGUGAUUGGUAGAUGAUGACUGGAAGUUCAGAUUGUGUCAAUGAAGUGUACACUGCUCACAAAUCUGUUUUUGUGUGGGUAUGUGUUAGUCCAUCACUCAGUUAAUCCUAAACCAAUUGAAGAUCUUAAGCUAAUACUGUGCAGUACUGCUGACUAACUUGUUUCUCACUGAGUGGCACUGGUAACUGAAGUUGACAGGCUUCUCCUACAAAACGUUUCACGGUCUUCUUUGUGAGUUUGUCUAAAGACACUGUACACCAAACUAUGGAACUAUAACAACUUGAGAGAGUAGCAGUGUCAUGUUUCAGCUUUUUUUGUACCAUAAUUUAUGUUUACUGUGGCUAACAAAAUCUCCCUGGAAAAGCUAAUCACAAUUUUCUGCACCAAAGGUGGACCAUAUGUUAGUUGGAUGUUCUGCACAGUCCAACACCAGGUGCUUCAGCAUUUGCCUUACCAUUGCUUCAGAGUCUUUCUUUCUGACAAUGUAUUGUUUCAAAUGUGCAGGAAAAUAAUUUACUACUUAACCUAUUUUUCCAUAAUCCACCUGGCAUGAACAAUGAAUAGAGGGAAAUGAGCAUUUAUUUGCUGUAUUUACUUACAUAGGAACAGAAGAAUAUCUCCAUCAGUUUUAUUUAAAUUACUUAGUGACAGAAGAAUAUCAGUUUUAUUGAAAUUACAUAGUAACAGAAGAAUAUCAGUUAUAUGUUCCUUUCAUGAAAGUAAUUCAUGUAAGUUAUGUAAUACACUGUACUGAAAGCAAAUAAUAGUCAGAUAAUUAAUGACACAAAAAAGGAUACAAUUUUUAUUACAAAGUUAUCAGUAUAGUUGAGUUUUAGGAGCAUGGCUGAUGUGAAUACCUCAAUUUCCAUGAUCUCGUAGGAAAAGGUUUUGUUUACAUAUGUACCAUUUCAGACUUUGUGUGUACCAGUUCUUGUACUGUAAGCAGGUGCAGAUUACAUUUUUGUUGUAUUUGUACACAGUUUCAGAAUGGUGAUAGCUGUUUUUGUUGCUAUUCAUUGUUGCUCAUAUUUUGCAGUUAAGAUAAUUUAUGUACAAAGGUAACAGUAAAUUAAAAAUAAAAAUGUACCAAAUUUAGGGACAACAAUCUGAACUAUGACAGCAGGAGAGCGCCGUUCCACAUCUCCUGCUUUUAGAUGCAAGGAUUUCUUCUCCAGGAAUUAAGGGCAGAAGAGUUUGCAUUUGAAAAAGUGAAAAUACAGUAAUACAAUGGAUAAGUUACAUGGAUUGUUACCUUUUUUUUAUAUAACAACUUUCUUGUAUUUUCAAAGGAAACAAUUUGCCCACUUUUAUAACCUCCUUUGAGAAGUGGUACCUAGAAACUCCAACUUUUGGCAUCUGUUUCAUUAUCUGAAAAAUAGUGAAUAAUGUAUUUUACAAGCUAAUUUACUUCAAUAUUUAUUUUUGGGUCUUUAUUAUUGCAUAGGAACAUUGUUACAAAUAAUGUUAUUGGAAAUUUACAGAAUAAGAUAACUAUUUUGCAUUCUUGAUUGAAGAGUGCUCUUAAAUGGUAUUUUUUCAGUAUUUGUUGCUACAAAAAGAAGUAGUGUGUUCUUUUGACUUGUGUAAUUUAUUGCACAGUAUAGAUCUUCCACUUGGUGCAAAGCAUCACAGAGAGUGAGAGUGAGAGUGUGUGUGUGUGUGUGUGUGUGUGUGUGUGUGUGUGUUUUAUGGUGUAGCAUAUAGCUAUAAUGAGAGCAGUAGUGGUUAAAGUAGACCAAUAUUGAACCAUGACAUCUUUAAUUGUAAUAUUACAGGACAUACUCUGUUGAAUGUGCAGUAAAACUGCUCAGCAACUGCUACUGUUGUACUGAAGAGGUGUAUUGUAUGUAUGUGAAUUACGCAAUUACUGCACUGAUAGUACUUAUUAUAUUCACAUGUUACUUAUAUUAUGGUGCUCUGAUUUAUAUUUUAUUUCUGUGCAUAUCAUUCCUGAACAUGAAGUACUGGUUUUCUUAAAAUGAUUUGCCAACUCUUUAUAGUAUCACUAAAAAUAACUUUUUUCUUUUACCAAUAUAUGAUAAGGCAAAAUUUUAGUAGUUACUUAAAUGAAAAUCUUGUUUUAUGAACAUAAUUAAAGCCAUGUUAUUUCAUUUGUCAUAUCUGCUUUGGAAGUCAGAUGUAUAAUGUAUUAUACUUUGGCAAA